AUGGUCCUUAUGGAGGGAACAUCUAGUCAAACAUUUGGUUUGCAUGAAGGUGAAAGUUGCUUGCCAGUUGAAAGCUACAAUCAGAAUGAUUUCACUGAUGAUGAACUUUCCAAAGGGGCAGAUCUAAGCAUCAGUGAAGACCUAAGCAUCAGUGAAGACGACAAGAUAUUAGAACAAUCUGAUGAAAAGGAUCAAAAAAUUCGGGAGCUGACACUUGAACUUUACAACGAGAGACAAAGAUGCAAGCGCAGAUGUGCUGCUUACCAGGAGCAGUUGCAUAUGGUGUUGAAAUAUGUAGAAGAACAUGCUGAACACUUGUCAAGAAGUGUUCAAGGUGUUGUCCAACGUGUAAAAGAGCUUGAAAGUGAAUGUUCAGAUGACGAGGCUUAA